CAGUUUUCGAGGACGCAGAAUGAUAAUCGCCUUGGUUUAUGCAAGAGGCCGGCGUAAACAAUGAGGCUAAAUGAGCGCUUGGCAAGGCCCUUUCAAGCCCCCGCCGCCACCCGAAGAUUCCCAGGUAGCCAAGUGGCCUGGUUCAGAAACGGGCCAUCCGAUCUGGAGGACUCCUCAGAGGAGGAGCUGGACGUCAUGGAACUGCGAGCCAGGGGGAGAGAACCACAGAGGAGCGACGCUGGCCGCCAUAAAGCCGGAGAUGUGGUGCUGCUGGAAAGAGAAGUGGCCGAAGACGACAGUUUGAAUAAGCUGGCCCUCCAGUACGGCUGUCAAGUUGCAGAUAUCAAGAGGAUCAACAACUUCAUCCGGGAGCAGGACUUGUACGCUCUAAAAUCAAUCAAGAUUCCCGUUAAGGUCAACGGCAUUUUAACUGAGACAAUCGAAAUGUCUUUGGCUCCACAGAGCUCUGGCUUGCUACCCACUGAGCUGCCUGGAUCUUCAGGCGCAGGGAGCAUCUCUGCAGACGGCGAGCAAAUCGAUCAGUAUUUCCGAGGGAUUGACCAGAAUAUUGAAGAAGCGGCGCAGGCCGAAACUUGCUUCAGCCCAGACUAUUACAUUGAAACGCCAAACGGGUCGCCUCCAGAGCCGAAAGAGCCCAGCAGUGGAGCAGACUGUGGGAUCCAGUGGUGGAACGCUGUCAUUGUGAUGCUUUUGGUAGGGAUUGUUUUACCCGUGUUUUAUAUCGUUUACUUCAAAACGCAAGCGUCAGGAGUGGCUGCCCACGCCUCCAACACCACCGUUUCUGUCAACGGCUCGUCGCGUGGAUCGGCGACAGGCGUCUCAGUAUCCGUUUUGGGGGCUGGCCACCCGCCCACCUCGCAUGCCCCUAAAACAAAAGCGGUCAUCUUGCCAGGUGAAUGACUUCUCACGCCAGAAAAGAGUUGCGAAGAGGCUCGUAAGUGGGCGGAACGGAACUCGAAAAAAAGAUGCUGAGGAGAAAUAGGACUCCCGAGGCCCAGCAAGACAGGCAGCGCCACUGCCAUGUAUUUAAACACAGUUCUGUCCCAAUCAGGUAGAAAAGAAAAAAUGAGGGUUUACCACCCUUCUAACAGCAAAAGUGGGUGUCUAUCAGCUGUCCUGCAUCUCUUUCUCACAAACACAAUUCCUUUUGGUUGUUAAAAUGGGAUACCACCCUACCGCACUUCUGUUUCUGUGCCAUCGGGCCAAACCACUGUUUAAACAAUCAGAUUUACCACUGUUGUCUCUGGUUUGUUUCUCAUUGCCUCUUUUCAGUCAUUUCUGGCUGAAGAGGAGGCUCACACCAUGCUUCGAAAAACUGAAACUAAUUGUUUAAGAGGCGGUUUAUUAAAACCCCUCUUUCGCCAUAACGGGGCCUGCCUAUCAAGUCUGUGUUUACAUACAUUGCAGCCACCUGCCUCUGUGUGUGUGUGUGUGUGUGUUUUUAAUAGA